GCAGGCGUGCUCGUGGGACACCCAUUUGACACGGUCAAGGUUCGGCUGCAGGUGCAGAGCUCGGAGAAGCCGCAGUACCGCGGGACGCUGCACUGCUUCCAGUCCAUCGUCAGACAGGAAAGCGUGCUGGGCCUGUACAAGGGCCUGGGCUCGCCGCUCAUGGGGCUUACCUUCAUCAACGCGCUGGUGUUCGGGGUGCAGGGCAACACGCUGCGCGCGCUGGGCCGCGACUCCCCGUGGAACCAGUUUCUAGCGGGCGCGGCGGCGGGCGCCAUCCAGUGCGUCAUCUGCUGCCCCAUGGAGCUGGCCAAGACGCGGCUGCAGCUGCAGGACGCAGGUGCGGCGCGCGAGUACAGGGGCGCCCUGCACUGCCUGGCGCAGAUCUACCAGCGCGAGGGCCUGCGGGGCGUGAACCGCGGCAUGGGCUCCACGCUGCUGCGCGAGACGCCCAGCUUCGGCGUCUACUUCCUGGCCUACGACGCGCUCACGCGGGGCCUGGGCUGCGAGCCCGGCUCGCGCCUGCUGGUGCCCAAGCUGCUGCUGGCGGGCGGCACGGCGGGCAUCCUGUCGUGGCUGUCCACCUACCCCGUAGACGUGGUCAAGUCGCGGCUGCAGGCGGACGGUGUGCGCGGUCCCCCGCGCUACCGCGGCAUCCUCGACUGCGCGCGCCAGAGCUACGAGGCUGAGGGCUGGCGCGUGUUCACGCGGGGCCUGGCGUCCACGCUGCUGCGCGCCUUCCCGGUCAACGCCGCCACCUUCGCCGCCGUCACCGCAGUGCUCAGCGCCGCGCGUGGCCCCGACACCCAGCCCGCGCUGGCCCAGCCGUCCAGCCUGUGACGGCCUGCACCCUAUGCUCCGCGGUGAGCGUGGACCCUCGGCCUGCCCAGGGCCACCAUGGAGGCCAGAGCCCGCACUGUGCACGCCCAGCUCCCAGCCUGCAAUCCCUUCGCAGGAUCUUCCAAAACCCAGCUGCAACUACAGCCCGGCCCCUCGUGGCCCCCAGCCCCCACCCCGCCCAUCUGGACACUCCAGCCCCCCACUCCAAUCCCACAGGACACCUCAGCUCCUACCCCAACCAGCUGGACGCCCCUGCCCCGAGCGCCCCCGGUACAUCCCCCCUCCCCAUGUCCCGGUCCAGCCCUGCAGACCGUGAUCACUCCCUUCUGCUCCUGCCUCCAGGCUGCUGGCAGGGCCUCUGGCGACACCGGGCGAGCUGCACCUCGCCGACUUCCCCCAUCUUCUACCUGCGGUGCUCCAGAAAGACUUGGCCACCUCUGGCCACAGAACUAGACCCUGUGUCCCCAGCUUCUCCACGUGGUACUGCCUGGAGAAGCCUGGCUGCUCCCAUCGGGGACUCGUGGCCAGGGCCUGGGCUGGCCAACACUGUGGGGAGAGGGCAUGCUGGCCGUUGUGCUGUGUGCUGUGGCGGCCUCCACUGCCUGCCUAGAAGGC